AUGUCUGCAGCAGCUAGAGCGUUUGUGCUUGACGAUUUCAACAAAAAGUUUCUGGAAAUACAAAGAGUUAACCCUGGGUGUGCAGCAUAUCUAGUUGACGUUGGUUUCUCUCACUGGACAAGAGUUCACUCGGCGGGCAAGAGGUACAAUAUAAUGGACAACAACAUUGCUGAAUCAUGGAACCAAGUCCUGAAGGAAGCAAGAGAGUAUCCAUUUAUAUGCAUGUUAGAGUAUAUUAGGACGACGGUGAUGGAAUGGUUUGCUGUAAGAAGAACCAGGGCUGCUAGUUCAGCUUCUGUGAUUGCUCCAACUGUUCGGAAAAUUGUGGAGGAGAACUUUGAGAGUACCAUGGCAAUGGCGGUGAGGCCGAUUAGCGACUUUGAGUUCCAAGUUCAGAUAAGGAGUGGGGAAUGUUUUACUGUGAAAUUGGUUGAGGGAACUUGUUCGUGUAACCAGUUUCAGUGUUUAAGCAUACCGUGUCCGCAUGUCAUCGCCGCAGCCAAUCGUCUUGGUGUAUCCGUUGAUACAUUUGUUGACGUCGCCUAUUUUGAGGAGACAAUACGGCAUGCUUAUGAUGAGAAGAUUUAUCCUAUUCCAUCAGUAGGGGGAAUUCUACUGUGGGAACCGCUGCCGGGACAAAAGGUGACAUGA